AUAGACCGAUCCGUCGGUGGCAGACUUUCGUGAUGGGAAACAUGGGAAAACUGCAAGAAUUUGACAUCACUUUUAAGGACAAUAAAGUUGUUUAUAGUCCUGGAGAUGCCGUUUCAGGCACGCUGAAAAUUACAACCGCCCAAGCGCUACUAUUUAAAGAUAUCAAGGUGAAUUGCCGAGGCUUCUGUGGUGUCACCGGCAAGAUGGACGACACAGCCUGGACAGUGGAAGAGCAGUACUUCAGCAGCACGCUCUCUGUGGCAGAUAAAGGAACCCUGAAAGAGGGAGAUCACAGUUUUCCAUUCAAGUUUCUCAUUCCAGCCUCUCUUCCCACAUCCUUUGAAGGGAACUAUGGAAAAAUUAUGUACAGAGUGAGGGCUUUCAUCGACACUUCUCGCUUCUCUAAGGACUAUAAGACUGAGAAGCCUUUCUACCUGCUGAGGAUCCUCGACCUCAACGAAGUGCCUGACAUCCAUGGACCUAGUUCAUCUUCCGUUACUAAGACGUUCACCUACCUGCUGGGGGUGAAGACAGGAACGGUGGUGCUGAAGGCCCAGAGUGACAUGAAGGGCUACACCCCUGGUCAGGUCAUCAAGCUGACCACAGAGAUUGACAACCGGUCUGGGAAAACCACGGGGACUGUGGUGGCCCGUCUCAUGCAGAAAGUGACUUACCAGACGAAGAAGCCUACCAUUGACUUGAGGACUUUAGUGCAGGUGGAAGGUGCUGGGGUGAAGGCUGACAAACAGGCUGAGUGGAAGGAGCAGAUUAUUGUACCUCCUCUGCGCCAGUCAUCUAUGGUUGACUGUGGCCUAAUAAACAUGGAAUACUUUAUUAAAAUCUCUCUGAAAUCUCCCGUGGUGUCAUUUUUGUUGCCCAUCCACAUUGGAAACAUCUCAGUGGACACCACGUCAGCACAGCGCUCCAGACCACCUCCCCAGACCCCUGAUCCUCUUUGCUCCUCUGCCAAGCCUACCGAGCUAGAAAACAGCAGCCGCUCUGAGCCAUCCUCCCAUAACCAAGGACCUCCUACUACUACCCCUGCCCGCCGCCCAGCCCCAAAACCUGCACCCAGGAUCAGAGUCUCUACUUCUUCCCCCAGCGCCCCGCCAGCUGCCUCCCCCAGUGCCCCUCCAGCUGAGAUGGACUAUCUGGCCAACUCCAUGCCCACCCUCUACCCACUACUACCGCCAGAGUACAGCACCUCCACACUCCCACAUGAAGCUCCUCCCAGCUAUGCCAAGAGCUGUAGCAGCAACACAUAAACAUCAUGAAACAGGAGAGACUGACUGCUGGCAACUGUACACUGAACAUGACAAUCAACCUCCCUACUAGAGGAUCAUGAUGCCAGGCAGCCCUCCUUAAGUACUUCAGCCUUGGUUAAGCAGCACCUUUUUACUGAUUGUUUUCACACAAUUUUAGCACUUUCAGGACAGUAAUAUGUUUUUACAUAAACCAUUUUUAUAGCUGGAGCCAAGUUUUUAAAGUUAAGUCGGUGUCAUUUAGAAAUAGUUUAGGGGCCUCCCGUGUGGUGUACACACAGCAGUCUAAGGCACUGCAUCGCAGUGCUUGAGGCGUCACUGCAGACCGGGUUCGAUCCCAGGCUGUGCCACA